AAUCGAUAUAAUGAUAGUUAUGUUUUUCAGCUCCGUUUCAACUUCAAAGCUAACAUGGUGCCCUGGAAUCAGAUCUUCGCCCAAGCUCUCGGUUUCCGAAUUAAUUGGGACGACCCGCCAGACAACUUCCACCAAUACAAGAACCAUUUCAUACAUCGCAGAACGAUUUAUAAUAACAUAGAAACAGUUUUAGACAAGAACGGCGUCAAUGGCUUCCACUGCGUCCGUCGAGCCAUUUGCGAAAUGGAAACGAUCCCUGAUCCUCGGAAAAUAUACCACAAACUUUUAAAAAUGGUGUUCAGACAGCAAUCAUCGGCAACUGACAAAUGGCACAACAAGACAUCGGAGGAUUGUGAACAAUCCAUAUCAUUAUGUCCAAUUUCUCCACUACACGUUUCACUUUUCACUGAUGUUUAA